AUGGGUAUAACACCGUCUAGAGAGGACUUUGUAGCGCUGGAAGGAUACGCACAAAAAAGCGAAGAAGAACGAAAAGCAAUAUUACAAAACGCAGGGAUGGAAAUAACAGAAGCAGACAAGCAUAUAGCCUUCUUUCUAGGCUCCGACAACGAAAUUUUAGGAUGCUUUAUUAGAGGUCUCAUAACAAUUUGUAUAGAAAAAUUUAACGCACAAAGAACCAAAGAAUUUAACCAAUACAUAGAUGAAUAUAAAACCACAAGCAACGAAAUGCUAGCACAAAAACAUUUUGAGAUGAACGAAUGGAUACGUCUAAAGGAAGAAGAAUGGAACAAAAAAGAAGAAUACUACUUCAAACACACUUCCAUAAAAGCACACCAAAUACAAACGGAAUUAGGAACAGUUGACCAAGAAGACAGAGAAAGAAUCAAAAGAGAAAAAACUUUGGAAAAAUGUAGACAAUCUUUAGGCAACUCACUAGAAGAAGACAGCGAAGACGAGAAUAUCUUAGAAGGAAUUUGCGAUAAUAGCAGCAACACAUCCAGUGACGACGCCUCAAUGGACAAGACAUUCAAGAAUAGAUAUAGAAGUUAUAACAAAACAUCACCCUCCACAAACAAACACAUGGAGAAAAGCACCAAUAAAAACACAGAAAUGCAGCAACAUAACGUAAAUGGCAAUUUUAAGAAUUCAAGAGACCAAUCAAUUACGAUGGCAAUAAUGGAAGAUCACGACAUGGGGGAUCAUUCCAAAAAAAGAAAGGACUCAAUGCACCAACCAAAAACGGCGGACGAUCUCAAGUAUUUCGCGGGACUUUUUACCUGCGCGAUCAGGGACCAACAAACAGACCAAUCAAUAAUAGAAUUCAUCAAUGAUAAUAAAUUACUGGAAUAUCACGUGAACACACUGGGGAGAACGACAAAAAAUGGAAACGAAUACACUUAUGUAGGUUUCUUUACAGAAACAGCGAGAAAUAACUUUAUCGAAGAUGGAAGAACACUUGGCACAAUCGGAAAAUUCAGAAAUUUGGAAUGGCUCGACAAAAUGCAAACGAAAUUAAUUAUAUCAGUCACAGGAAUAGACGAAACAUAUGUAGAUUUAAACGAACUCAUGCACAAACUAGAACAACGUCUAGGGAGAAUAAUCGAUACGAAAAGUAAAACCAAAACAGGGAAAACAACCAACAUGAGGAUAGAAAUGGAGAUAAAAUGUACAGAAGAAGAGCUUUUGAACACCUGGGGAAUACUAAUUAAUGGAAAAAUGAUAAAAAUAGAACCAGAAAAUUACAAAAAUCACGUGAUAAAACAAAGAGGAAGAAUCAGCGCAAGUAUAAUGGAUAUACCCGAAGAAACGAACGAAAAAGAAUUAGCUAAACAAAUAAAGAAAGCAGGUGCUAGAUACUGGUAUAAAGCACAAAGCAGGAAGAGAGGCACAUACAAUAUAAUCGCAUUUUUCAACAAUAUGGAAGAAAGGAAAAUCGCGGGAAUGUCAACAAACACAAUUUUCGUGGCUACGACAACGGCAAUGAUAGAGAAAAUCACAAUAGGAAUAGAGAAAUUUUCAAUAGACGACAAGAUAGUAGAAAUACACCCAGAUGCGAGAUCUGUAAAAGAAAUAACCAUACAACCGAAGAUUGCUUUUUCAAUAAUAACGGACCUGGAGGAAACAGGAAAGACAGGAAUGGAAGAAACCUCGGAAGAGGAUGGUACGACAAUGAGGGAAAUUUCAGAUAUCAACAAUACAACAGAAAUUACGACAAUGAAAACAGCAGAUACGGGGACGACAGAAAUCAACAAAGAUACACCCAUCAGAGAAGAUACAACCGUAAUAAUGAUUAUCGAAGACAUGAAGAAAAUGACAAUAGAAGAUACAACAAGCAUACCAGAAACGACCGAUACAAUUACCAACAAUCAAGAAACAACAACAGACAAGAGGACAACGAUGACAACAACGAUAACAACAACAGCUACAGAUACAACGGAAAUAGCGGGAAAAACUUUAAUGAAAGGAACAGAAGAUCUCACUUCCAAAGCGAACGCCGAUGGGGCGGACGCUAUUGAACGAACAACAGAAAUAUACAAAAAGAGGAAAGGAGAAAGUGUAGAAGGUGACGAAGAAGAGACAAGAAAGGGAGACGAAAAUUUAUUAAUAACAAACAAAAAAACAAAAACAAAAAACAAGAAAAUUUACGAAAAUCAAAAACACAAAGAAAACAAACGGGAAAAAAAUUCAAAAAACAAAUUAAAAAUAGGUUGUAUAAACGUAAGAGGAUUAAACGACACGAAAAAACAAGGCGAUAUACGAAAAUUUCUAGAUAAAGAGAAAUGGGAUAUAGCAAUAAUCACCGAAACAAAACUCAAAGAAUCAAAAGGUAAAUUUUUGUACAAAGGCUGGGACAAAUAUGAAUGCAUAAAUAGUAGUUACAACAACGAAAACAACAAGAAUGGCAUAAUAAUUUUGAUGCAAAAAGAUAUCAAUGACAGAAGAUAUAAGAUAGAGACAAUAAAUGGUCACGCAAUUAAAUUAGAUUUACUUUUCAAAGGAAAACAGAAGAACAUUAGAAUUAUAGGAAUAUAUAACCCAAACAACGAUAAACAGACUACAACCAACAUAGAAAAACAUUUAACAAAAUGGAUGAACGAAUCGUUAAAUUUAGAUUAUGAAACAGUAAUAUUAGGAGACUUCAACGAGUCAACAAAGAACAAGAAAAAGCUAAAACCACUAAUAAACACAAUUAAAAAACAUGGCUUACAAGACAUUCACGAAAGCUUAACAGCAGCGGAAGAUAUGCUAGACACAUGGAAGAGUGGAGAUAAUUCAUCCAGGAUAGAUUUUAUUUUCGCAAGCGAAAGCUUUAAUGAAAACAUUAUAAGUCAUGAAAUAAUAGAUAUAGAAGACUUCGAAACAGAUCAUAAAGCACUAACAGUUAAAGUAGAAUUAAAAGAAAAACUAGGAAUGAACAAAUCAGGAUAUAUGAAAAAUAUUAAAAAAGAAUUAAGACACAUAAAACUAGAACAAGAAGAUUGGAAAAAAAUAGCAGAAGAAGUAGAACUAAGAUUAGAAGGAUUAGAUCAAGCAACAACACAACGACUGGAUAGAGAAAACACUUGGGACACUAUAGUAGAAAUAUACGACGAAGAAAAAAAUAAACAAAUAACAGAAAUCAAGAAUAAAAAAGAAAAACUGAAAAAAGAAAGAGAUGAACAUAUAACAAGAACAAACGAAGAAAGAUUAGAAGAACUAAUAACAGAAUAUGAAAACCUAGAAAAGAUAGACGCGAUAGAACAUGGAAUCAGCAAAUUAACGGAUAAAGUAGUUAAUUACUUAUGGCAUGAUAGGAAAAGUUCUCAAUAUAUAUAUAGUUUCAAAAAAUUCGAAGAGAAACUAAUAAUAGAAAAAUGGGGAACAACGGAUACAGGAAAACACAAUGCAGUUAAAAUAGGUAAACUAAUCAAUAUACACGAUAGACUAGAAAAAAGAAUAGAACACGCAAUCACGAUAGACAAACUAAGAACACACAGUAACCGACAAGAACUAAAAGAAAGGAAAAAGAAAAGAGCAGAAAUUAUGAGGAGUUUAUACGAAGAAAUUAAUAGCCUAAAUAUAGAAAUAAAUAUAAGAAAACGUGAGAUCUAUCUAGAAGAAGACAUUGGAAAAAUGUUAAAUAGAAUUUUAGAAAAGAAAAGAGAGAAAAUAAAUAUGACAGGUUUAGUGAUAAAAGAAAAUGGGAAAAUCAUGAUAGAAAAAGAUCAAAAUAAAAUAAAGGAAAAAGUACUCAAACACAAUAAAGAAUGGACAAAGAAAAGAGAAAUUAACCUAGACGAAUUAGAAUACGAUCCAGAUUGGAGAGAAAUAUAUGCACCAAAAGAUGAUAUAAACGAAGAGACGUACAAAAAUUUGAUGACACCGAUAAAAAUGGAAGAAUUAGAGAAAGUUUUACAAAAUCUAAAAACAAACAAAGCGCCAGGACUGAGCGGUAUAACUUAUGACUUUUGGAAGAAAAGCGGACAUUUAACGAGAAGCUUAUUAUUAGAAAUUAUUAAUGAUAGCAUGUGUAAAGAGAACGUAACGAAUGAAUGGAAAAAAGCAAACGUAUCCAAAUAUGAACUUAUAAAAAUCAACAAUGAAAAAGAAGAUUUAAUCAUAGAAGGGGAAGCGAUUAAAACAAAUAACGAAGAAGGAAAUCGGUAUCUAGGAAUAUUUUUCCGACACGAUAAUAAAAGAGAGAUCUAUAAAAAGAAAAUAACAUCGAUAAUUAAUAAUGCUUGUAACAUAUUUAACUGGAAACGACUCAAUGAAAAACAAAUCAUCGCAGUUUGGAAUAUUGUAAUAAUGCCGAGAAUAGAGUAUCAACUAGCCGCAAUUAUUUUAAAAAAAUGGGAAUGUGAUAAAUUAAUGACAAGAAUUAAUAUGAUCAUAAAGAAAAGAGCAGGGCUAGCAAAAACAACUCCUAAUUUCAUAAUUUACGAGAAAGAUAUUUUAGGAGUUAAACAUAUUUAUGACCUACAGAUGGAAAUGUUAUGUAAGAAUUUGUUAUAUCAAGCGAACGGGAAUAACAAUUUAAACAUUCUAUUCAAAAUUAAAAUGAUACAAGAACAAAAAAAGUUAUGGACCUCGAGAUGUCCUGGGGAAUUAGAAAUUAAGAAUUAUAGGAAAAACAAUUGGAUCAUAUCAGCAUUAAAAGCGUUAAAUAACGAAAAAAUAAAAAUUUGUAAUCAUGAAACGAAAGAUUUUAAUGAAAAUCACAGAAUACAAGGAGGGAAGACAGAUUUAAUAGACUUAAUCGAAGGAAAAGAAUUCGUGACAAGUGCACAAUCAAGAAAAUCGAAAAACAUAAUAUUUUUAGAAGACAUCCUGGAGGCGGAUGGUAUUACGCUAUUAAAAUGGAAGCAUUUAUGUAAGGAACAAGGACUGAACAUGAAAGGUAAAAUACCGAAAUGGUUCAAAAAUUUAGAACAUAAAUUAUUAGAAGAUGAAAGUGGACAAGUAAGGAAAAUAAAAAAUGAAUUCGUAGGACAAUCAUACAAAGAAAGCAUCCAUGUUAACCUGUUUGAUGAAAACGAAAAACAAGAUAAAAAUAGUAUUAUAACUUGGAACGUCGAAGGUGAAUUUCCGAUAUUUAGUAUAGACAGAAAAAGAUCGCAGAGCAAAAAAUAUAAAAGAAUAGGUACACAUUUAAUACUAGUCGGAGACCAUUACGACCUACACAAUUCACCACGAUUAGAAGAAUGCAAAGGAUGCCACAGAAAUAUUAGUAAAAAAAAGGGGAACAAUGAAUGUUUAAUAUAUAUAGAAAAUGAAAUAAGCAGGAAAAUAGACAAAAGAAAAGAAGAUAAUGAUAUCAAACCUUACGAAACUUUAAAGAACAUAAUUAAGAAAAAUGAAUGGCUAAGAUCUUACACAAUAGAAGAAAAAAGAGACGAGCUAUAUAAUAAAAAGAUAGAAUUAAUAGAUAAGAUAAUUAAAACGAACGAAGAAAAUUUUAUAGAUUUAAUCAAAAAUAGCAUUUUUGAAGAGAACGAACUAAAUUUGGAAACAAAACAGAGAUUCUGCCUCUUAAUAGACAUUAAUAAAAGGAAAUGGGAUAUAAAUGACGAUGGUAAAAGAAUUUAUAGUUAUAAUGUAAUUUGGAAAAUUUUUGUACUAGAUUAUAAAGGAAAUACAAAUGAAGAAUUGAUAUUUUUAGCGAAUCAUGAGUGUAACAACGAAAAUGAAUUUAAAGUUAUUUUACGAAGUAUAAUUUUAGGAAUUUUGCUAAUCAGAGAGAAUAGCGAAUUAAUCUUGGGAAUUAAUGAGAAAGUUAAUAGAUUAAUAUUUGAAUUUAUUAACAAUCUUAGUAAUAGAAAAAAGAUAGAUAGUGAAUUUUAUCUUGAACUUUUAUUUUUAGAGGAAUUUUUAGAAACAAAUAAUAUUGAAUUAAUAGAAGAAAAUGAAAAAAUAUAUAGAAUUAUAAAGGAAAAAAGAAAAGAGAUGCAAGAAAUGAUAAAAAAUAAGAAUAUAAUCAAUAAGGUAAAAUAUAAUUUUGAACUAAUAGAUGAAGGCUUAACAACGAAUGAAUACAAUUUAAUUUGGAAUAAUAGAUUAAUAAAAGGAGGAUUUCGUUCGUGGAGAAAAGCAAUAACAAAUGCAAUGUGGAAAAACGAAAUUUUGAAUAGUGAAAAAUUGGAAGAUCUAUUCAUGUAUAAUUAUAGAAAAGAAUUUGAUUGGAUCACAAGCUUAGAAUUUAUCAGCAACAGAGUAGAAUUUUCACAAAGACAAUGCGGUGAUAAAGACACGAUCGAUCGUUCAUACAGAAUCAAAAAUUUGCUCAAAGAACAACCCACAUAUAAAACUUUAUAUAGAAGAAAUACUAAUAAAAUAGAUACAGACAAAUGUAUAAGAUGUGGGAAAAUAGAACAAGAAGACUGGGAACAUAUAUGGACAUGUGAAGACAACGAAUUCUCAGUCGAUGAAAUUAUAAGAGAAUCACCAUACAAAUUUGAGAAAAUUCUUUACGAAUCCAACCAAAGCGAAGAAUUAGAUAUUAUAAGAAAUUAUAUUUGUGAAUUUAUUAAUAUAAUUGAAAGUCCAUCAAAUAUUUUACUAGGGAAAGGUAGAAAAUGGGAAAUGAUUAGAGGAAUUUAUAACAACAAAUUCAAUGAUUUAUCAAAAGAAAAGAAAGUCAAAGAUCUGAUCAAAAAGCUCUGGAUUUUUACAUACGAAGAAUUAAAGAAACGCAUAUGGAUUCCGCGAUGCGAAGAAAUAAAAAGAUUGGAAGAAAAAGCUCAAAUAAAAAAAUCAGAUUUACGGAGGAAAAGAGACGAAAAAGAAGAAGAACGAGAUUUACAAUUAGAAAUAAUAAAAAAACAAAAAACAAAAGAAAAACUAAAAGAAAAAAUUAAAAAAACAAAAAUAAAAAAUCAAAUUAGUUUAGUAACGUUAGAUAAAAUGAAAGGAUCAAUUACAGAUGGGUUUGAUUUAUUUCAAGCUCUAGGUGUUUAA